GGAAGAGUUUGGGUGUGUUGGGAGAAGAAGCAUGCUGGCUGCCUUCAUGAUGAGACUGCAGGAAAAAAUGACCGAACUGGGAUUUUAAAGAACUAGUGGAAUGUUCACAUCAGUGUGGGAGCUAUAGGGGGAGAUCAGAAGACACUCGGGGGAUGGGUCCCGAAGAGUCUCCACGCCUGAAAGACACGAUGCCCAACACUCCUCCUUCCUCCCCUCAUCCCCAUGGAUGCUCUCCUGCCCCUCCUUCUCCAUGCUCUACUCUUCCCUCUCCACCCAUCUCUCCUGCAGAGUCAGGGGUUGUAACCUAUCGCUCUCCUGCUACACGCCACCUUGCCCACCUCGAUGUUUGGAGGAGGCACAGCUGGGAGCCGGGCGCCGUCGUGCAGGGAAACCCAAACAACGACACACGCAGUGUCAGUUUGGAAGAUCUGGACGUGGAGGAGAUGGCGUUGGUACUGGGUGGUGCUCUGAGCUGCUGCAGAGCUCGAGACACGCGCAGGACCGUCACUUGUGAGGGCUCUUUGUCCUCUCUUACUGAGGAAGAAGCUGGAAUUGAAACACAGCCACAUCUCUGCUCACCACUGGAGGAGCAGGCAAGUCAGAUGUUUUGCUGCAGUGUCUCAGCUCCAAGCCUUUGUGUGGUGAGACACUCCAAAAGUUCUGCUCCUCGUCCUCGUCCUCGUUCAUACUGCUAUGAUAACGAUGCAGAAAGUGCUCCGUACUACCAAGGUGGAGGUUCAACUCAAAGUCUAGACCGUGAGCUGUCCUCACUUCGUUGGGAGGUCAGGGGAGAGACAAAAGGAGAAAGGGAUGAGGAUAAAGAAGAGGUUGGAGGCAAUGCUUUCGUCCGAACAUUUAGCUUCCUGUGCAAGCUUACGUCUAGUCGGAAACCCAGUGUGUGUGUGUGUGUGGGCGCGGUUUGGUCUCGUGGAGCGCUGUGCGUUCUUCCUGUACUAAAUGAGCUCCAGCCAGAAGCGCAGAGCAGCGCAGCGCAGAGCAGAGCAGAGCUUCAGUGCGGAGGAACAGCGCUCCGCUGCUCAGGACUUUACACGCUUAACGCUUAG